AUGGGUGAGCUAGAAACGGGUAGAGGCCCGAAUCAAGAACUUGGCCUUAUUAAAGCCGGUGAUACUCGUUGGGGAUCUCACUACAAGUCGUUUGGAAACUUUAUUAGUAACUUUGCCUCUAUUGUUGAUGUACUUGAUGCUCUUGUUGUAAAUGCAAGUACUCCGGAUGAAAGAGCUAGUGCAUCGGGAUUUCUUAGAAGUUGUCAAACAUUUGAGACUGUUUUCUUGUUGCAUUUGAUGACUGAUGUUUUAGGAAUCACAUAUGAUCUUAAUGUGUCAUUACAAAAAAAGGAACAAGAUAUUGCAAAUGCCAUGAUUCUUGUUAAGGUUUGCAAGAGAAGGUUGCAAGCUUUAAGAGAUAAUGAAUGGGAUCCUCUCUUAGAAAAGCAUUCUGGAUGGGAUUCACUUAAAGAAAAGGUAGAAACUUUUUGUAUCAAGCAUAAAAUUUCAUUGCCUAAUUAUGAUGAUCCAUAUGCUAACUCUGGAAGAUCACGACGUAAAGUAGUUGAUUACACUACUUUGCAUCAUUACCGUGUGGAUUUGUUUUAUAAAAUUAUUGAUUGGCAGCUACAAGAACUCAAUGAGCGUUUCAAUUAG